GAGGUAUUUUCAUGUUCGUGCUGCGUUGACUAUCAAUAACUCGUUCGUGUUAAUGUUGGAGAGGUAAUGUGUGGCAGAUCUAUGGCUGCCUGUGUGCUGUGUCGGCGGGCACCCCGGCUGCGCUGCCUCCAAGGCUUGAGAAAGGAUUUUACCCAGGCUCAACACGUCUAUGGCAAACCAGAGGAUGAGACCGAUGAGCAGGAGAGGAAGAAAGGUGCAUUUCAAUUCCAGGAAGCUUCCUUCCAAGGAGGCUACAGGCUGUAUUACAACCCGUCCUCAUAUCAUCACUCUGUGCGGAACUCUGCAACCUCCCGGAACCAGACAGAAAAUGAUGAGGAUGAACGGUGUCUCUCCACUCUGGCACCUUCCUUCUGGCAACAGAGCAAUCACUACAGUGUGAGUUGCUCACGGCACCUUUCCAGCUCGAAAAACACACUUCUUGACUUAGCUUUCAACAAGGACCCUGAACCCAAGAUGCCAUCAGUGUCACAGUACCACAAAAAACCCAUACCACCAGACGUUAAAGUAGAUACACGUGCCUUCCAUAAAUGUCGGCCUGAGUAUGCCUUCAUGACUCUUGACCUCACCCCGCGGCCUCACCCUAUAGAAUGGGAAGAGGCCUUCCACCUGCUCCAGAAAGUGGCUGUUUUAAAGGGCAGCAUGAAGCCAUCUGAUGUGUCUCAGUUUCUUGUGGAGCUCAGCCGCCUGCACCCAGACAAGAUGCCGUUUGUGAGGAGUAACAAAUGCUUCACCAUGCUCCUCCGAUAUUCUGUGGAAAACCUGCGUCUUUUUACUGAUUUGCAGCUGCUGGAGGUGCUGCAGUCAUUUCUGUGGCUGGAUAUACCCUCUGGCCACACUCUACUCGGGCUGUAUGAGACCGAGCUGAGCCGCCGGGCCAACCAGAUGACUUUACACCAGUUGCUGCUAGCUGCUGAUUUGUGGCGCUGUAUUGGUAGGGAGGUCCCCCAAUUCUUGCAGCACCUCUAUGACUCAGUCCAUCUGUAUCUGGGACAGAUGGGGGUCCCUGAACUAGUCCAGCUGUUGUAUAUAAUGGGAGAAGGUAGGCAGUGCCCAAUGAACUUGAUUCACCCCGUGCAGCGGCUUCUUAUGUGCCAUUUACAAAAAUUGCACCCUGAGGAGGUGGGCAUCGUAUGCUUGGGGCUCUUUAAAUCCCAAACCUCAAUAUCUGAGAGUGCAGUGACUCGUAUUGUUGAUAAGGCACACUCUUCUGUGAAGGAGAUGAGUGACUUUGCAAUGGUGAAUGUGCUGAAAUUCUUGCGUUUCAGUUACCUGUAUCACAGAGUGUGGCUGGAGGCCAUGACACAGGAAGUACCUCUACGGGCCCCCAGGAUGGGUGUCUCGGGCCUGAUGCAUGUGGCACUGACCUGUUCAGCUCUGCAUUAUCGCAAUGAUAACAUCCUCACUGCUGUUGCUGAAAGAGUGCCCUCGCUGGUGCCACACUGCAGGAGUAAAGACUCAAGCAAACUGCUGUGGGCCUUUGGUUCAUUGCAGUUUCUCCCAGUUCAGAGUCCCAGCUUUUAUGCAAGCCUUACAGAGGCGCUGAGACUGAGGAAGGCUGAAUUCCAACGAUACCCAGAGCAUCUGCUUACUGGUCUUCUAGGCCUGGCCUUUGUCUCUCAGUUCCCAGAGGACCUACUUGCACUAGCACUGAGCCCUGACUUUGUGAAAUUAGCACUGAAAUCAACACAGCUAGAGCUGAAAAAAGACUUACUGACUUUAGACGGAGCUGUGUCUCUAGAGUUGCCUCAGUGGACUGGCCCGAGGCUAAGCUGUGAACUCAGAGAGGAGAUUGCUGAACUGCUGUGGAAGUUUGCUCAAUCUGAUGUGUGCCAGAAACCUGAGGUUCAGGAGGCGGAAUCUUCUCUGCAAGAUCUGCUUGGGGGAGAGCAAUUUGUAUGUAAGAGAAUGAUUCUGCCCCACACUCGCUCCAUUGACCUGGAAGUACAUUUUGACUCCACUGGGCAGCCAAUACCUGUCAACCCAGCAUCCCAUGAAACCACAUUAUCUCCUGAAAACAGUUCAUCCAAUUUUACUUCAAACCAGGGUUGGGGCAGAGUAAAUACAGGAGUAACUAUAACUGAUGAACUUUUAGCACAGCUAACAAACACCAAAAGCACCACAGAAUCUUCAACCCCAUCUCCUAAGUGUACAUCUCUUCGCAGAGUAGAGCGUGAUGAAGGGAGACUGUUUGAUACAGGGCUCGAACUGACAAGUGACAUAAUAGAAAUUCUUACCAAACACAGUAAGCCAGGUACAGCCCAACAAGAUGCCAAAGGCACAGUCAAACUCGCAAUCCAAGUCUCCAGCAGGAACCACUACUGCUGCCAUUCACAGCAGUUGUUGGGCAUGCAUGUCAUGAAGAGGAGGCAGUUGAAGCUGGCAGGCUACAGGGUUGUAGAUCUUGGCUAUCAUGAGUGGUUCCCCAUACUGAGGAAAAGUAGGACUGAGAAGCUGACAUACCUGCACUGCAAAGUCUCUGAAAGUCUGUAAAGAUUGUCUGGCCUCCAAAACCCAAAGGAAAACACGGAAAACUCGGCAAACUAUGUGCAAAGCACAGAAGAAUAUCUGAUGAGGAGGUGGACAGAUGGUCUUUUAUCUCCACCAGCUAUUGACUUUUUGUACAUGUUCAGGAUUUUGUCAAAAUGUAUGAUAUCAAGG